GACCGAAGUCGAUCCUAAAACAUCUAAACACUUCCUGACUGGCUGAAAAUUCAUCAUGAAACAGGAACUCUUGAUGAUAACAUUGUUGAGUGUCGUCUUUUAUUGCAUGCUCAGCCUCCUGUCCCUUCGCCGCAACAUCCUCCUUGUCCGCAAGACAGGCUUACCGUACAUCGUGGUUCCCGUAUACCAAUACGAUGGAAUCCUUGCUCUAAUAUUCAUACGCUGUCUCAAAUAUCUUGAGCGAAGCAUCCUCCCACCGCCUGGAAGUCCCACAUCAUGGCGCAGCCUGUUGGGCUCGAGCUGGGUGUGGCAGCUUCUUUACGAACCUUUUGAAAAAGUCGGAGCUGACAAUUUCUUCACUGUCUCUCCAAGAGGAAUGAUCUUGUCGACGGCGGAUCCGGCUGUCAUUGAUCAAGUAACUUCGAGGAGGCAUGAUUUCCCCAAGCCAACGUUUUUAUACAAAAAUGUCAAUAUUUACGGCGACAACGUCUUGACUUCAGAGGAGUCUAAGUGGAGACGCCAUCGCAAGUUCGUCAGUCCUGCCUUCUCAGAAAGGAACAACAAGCUAGUAUGGACAGAAACAAUCAAACAUACGGAAACUUUACUAAAGACUUGGUGUAAUGGAAGCUGUGAGAACAUCUUGCACUCAGUCUCCGCUGACAUGAGACGUUUGACUCUGAGCAUCAUUAGUAUGGCUGGGUUCGGACAGUGUAUAUCACUUGAUGAGCACGAGAAGUCUCAAUCGAAAGACUUACCACCUGGAUAUAGCAUGUCCUAUGCAGCUUCAUUGAAGCACUUACUACACAACUUGCUGCCAGUUAUGGUUCUUCCAAGAUGGAUGAUAGCGUUGAGCACUUACAAAAGAUCAGCGGAGGCGUUUCAGCAAUGGGGAAAGCACAUGAAAGGUCUCGUCCUAUCGAAGAGGGCAGACUUUGACGCCGGUCUCAACGAGAAGAACGUUGACAUCCUUGGCCAGCUUGCUAAAGGCUCGAAGCCACAGCAAUCCAACGACGGGUUGACUGAUGCUGAAGUCGUUGGAAACGCUUUCAUCCUUCUCCUUGCUGGACAUGAGACCUCUUCUGGUACCCUUACUCAUACCAUAAUUCUGUUGGCUCAGCAUCCUGAAGUGCAAAAAAAGCUUCAAGACGCGAUCGAUGUCAUUCUGCAAGGUCGCCUACUCGAUACUCUGGAUUACGAUGCAGAGAUCUCAAGAGUGGCGAAUAGCUACGUGGGCGCAGUCGUCAAUGAAGCUCUUCGUUGGGUCCCUCCGGUCAUCGGCAUUCCAAAGCAGGUGCGUAACAGUCCGCAGCAAGUCGAUGUUGAAGGUAGAUCAAUUUCUUUACCUGCAAACACUAUGAUCAGGGUCUGCGUAGCGUCAGUUCAUCGCAACCCCAAGCACUGGCCUCAAGAUCUUUCAUCGAAUUCACAUACGCCAUCUGAAUCUGAAGACGAUUUGGACAAAUUUAUACCUGAACGCUGGCUCCAACACUUAUCACAGAGCGAGCCUGGUCAACAUGAGAGCACGUCUGGCGCCGACGACUUCUCUUCACCCAACUUGUACCAUCCCCCACGUGGUGCAUAUCUGCCGUUUUCAGAAGGACCCCGCUCAUGUAUCGGCCGCAGAUUUGCCCUCGUAGAGAUCUACGCUGCGUUGAUCACAAUUUACUCGCAGUACUCCAUAGAGUUGGCCGUGGACGAAUGGGCAGCAGGAGUUCCUCUUGAGCAGAUGUCUGCCGACGAGCGCAAGCUGGCCUGGCAGCAAGCAAACGAAUCGGCGCGACAGAAGUUUCGGAAUAACAUGGGGAUACGUAUAACCUUGCAGAUGGAGGGAACACAUGUACCUGUGCGAAUUGUAGAGAGGCCAUGAGAGCAAAUAUGUAAUCUUGAAUUUCUGUAGCGGGUCAGCUGAACCAUCAUAACGCCAUGAUAGCUAGACAGAAUUUGUGGUUACUGUCAGUGUUGAUUGUCCAUUCUAGUUCAAUGAAACUCAGCUAUUGGUCAUGUAGCAUUAUAUUGAAUCCUGAAUCAUUCUGGUUCUGAUUUACUUUAAUUCCA